ACGUCGCUCCUUCAACGCAACAACGUGUUGUGCUUGGCAGGAAGCUGAAGCAAACAUGUUUUCAGUGACGCUCAGAAUCUAAAAUUGCCCUUCGUAUUUUUAAACUUUUUAUUAUGUCUAUGGACCUGACGUUCCUCGGGACGGGAUCAGCAUACCCGUCUCCACAUCGCGGUGCCUCAGCAGUGGUUCUUCGUACCGAGGGAGAAUGUUGGCUCUUCGACUGUGGAGAGGGUACACAGACACAGCUGAUGAAGAGUCAACUUAAGGCUGGUAAACAGAAUAAGUCAGCAGGUAAAAUCAACAAAAUAUUCAUUUCUCAUUUACAUGGAGAUCACCUCUUUGGCUUACCAGGGUUGCUGUGCACUGUGAGCCUCAACUACAGUCCCACGCAACCCCCAAACUGUGUGGACAUAUAUGGCCCAGUUGGUCUCAGGCAUUUCCUACGUGUUGCCUUGGAGCUAUCAGGCUCUCAGCUCGUUUUCCCUUAUGCUGUCCACGAGCUUGAGCCCACCGGGGACCAGUGCCCCCCAGAGGGCCUGCUAAGUCCCACAGUGACACAGAGCAGUGAAAGUCUUCAUCCUCAAGAGCGGCCUGGGCGCACCAUCUGUUUGGAAGGAGAGAGUGACUGCUACUUGCUUUUCGAAGAAAAACAUUUCACAGUAAAGGCUUUUAGGCUCUUUCACCGGAUACCAUCCUUUGGGUUCUGUGUACAGGAAUAUGAUCGUCCUGGACGUCUUAACACCCACUUAUUAAAAGAAUUAGGACUGACACCAGGACCACUGUAUGGGCAGCUCAAAAAUGGGGAGACCAUUACUCUGGAAAACGGACAGGUAGUGAAACCAAGCGAAGUCCUGGAGCCAGCCAUUCCUGGCCGAAAAGUGUGCAUUUUUGGUGACUGUAGCUCACUGCUCGGGGAAGGCGGGCUGAAAGCAUGUCGUGGAGCAGACAUUCUCGUCCAUGAGGCGACCCUGGCCGAUGGCUUCCAGGAACGAGCUGUUGAGCACGGGCACAGCACGCCAAGCAUGGCAGCAGCCGUUGCUCGUUCCUGUGAAGUGCGCCGUCUGGUGCUCUAUCACUUUAGCCAGAGAUACAAGCCUGUUAGUCUGCAAAAGGACAGUGAAGAGGAUGAUGUCCUAGAGCUCCAAAGGCAGGCUGAAGAUGCAUUGAAAGGCACUGCCACAGAGGUUUCGCUGGCUGAGGACUUCCUCACUUUGCCCAUACCGAUCAAAAGAUCAAACUGACCUGAGAAUAGGUCACAAAAACCUUGCCACUGAUGUGUUUUUAUCUUAUAAAUUAUCUGACAGUCAUGGAUCAUUAAUUACUUUGCCACAGAAAAGUUUGACUGCAGAUUUUAUUUUAAAUAAAAUGACUACACAUCAGUAGUGGACAUGAGAUGUCCAUCAAUAAUAUAACUGGUGCACAGGUGCUCUGACCAAACUGAAACCUGUGGGCACUUGUUGUACACAGUUGGGUCCCCUGUAUAUUAACUUCUGCAAUUGUAUGCUGUGUCUCACAAUAAAGAUGAAUAAUUUUUGUA